AUGUCGCCCCUGUCGACGGCGACGACGCGCGCCUUCGCGGAGAACUCGUUCGCGUCGCUGCCGCGAGCGAGGCAGAGCAGCGUCGGGUCGGGCGGGAGCUCGCAGAGCGGUCUCAUCGGCAGCCCGGGCGGGAACUCGAGGCGGACGUUCGUCGGCGGCGCGUUCUCGAGGCGGCUGUCGGGGCUCGGCCGCGCGCCGACGCAACACGGGGACUGA